AUGGGCCAAUUAUUCCUCUUUCUGCUCCGGUUCCUUCAAAUUUGAGAUGUGUAUUUUAUUAUUAUAUUUUUUUUGUGGCUGAAUGAAAUAAACCUAUCAAUAGGGUAAUAUAAAUUAAAUGCAGCACUGCUUUACUGCCACCUGCAGGCCGUUUGUUAAGAGCCGUAAGCGAAUCUCUCCGUGAUGAUAAUUUCUCAUGUUAAUACACUUUAAUAAAAACAUGAUGCAUUCAGCCUGGAGUUAGGGCAGGCCAAACAUUUAUCCUGAAACUUCUUGCUGGGCUGUCUUUUUUUUGUCUUCCCCAGUGCAGUUGAACCAGUUGAACACUAAUGGUUAGCGUCCUGUUUCUAUAGCAACGCAGCAGCUUUAAGCCGCAAGUAACAUCAAACAGAAAAAACAUGUCUUCUCCAAGGUUGGGCGUGGUCAGAGACUCCAUGCUGAUCAAUCCUCGGAUUGUAAAGGCGCCUCUGGGUCAGUCCAGGUCCGUUGGCCUGUCAGUUCCUGGUCCAAAUUUCACUUACGGAACCAGCAGCUCGCACAGAGAUGGGGGUGUGGCUGAGGUUCUGUCUGGUUGGAGGGUUCAGCCGAGUCGUGGAGAUUCUGCACCUCAUCAAGCUGUAAUUCCAGACUUCGUGUCCCUGAACCGGGAUGCGGUAAAGUCCGGGCUGGUGACGUCCAAAGAGCUGAGUCAGUACCGGGCUCAGAGGGGUGUCGCUUACAAUGCCCUAAAACCGAAAGAGAGCUUGGCUUCUCGGUGCCCGGUGGUGCCUGACAUCACAUUUGGAGUCCCAAACAGGCCUUCAUCCCCCCUGUCAGACCUUCUGUCUCAUCAGUAUGGUCACCGCUGGGUGGACAAGCAGCUAACCAGGAGUCAAAUCAGCAACAACAAGCAGAAGCUGCAAAGGAUUAAAUCAAGUAGUGUUCAAGACAACAGGACUAGCCUGCUGAGGAGGAGCAGACCUCUGCCCGUGACACAGACUCCAUUCAAGCUAACUCACUUCACACAGGUCGCUCCUGCUCUGGACACCUUCAGGGACCAGGAGGCUCGUCUCCAGGCAUUCAGGGCUCAUCAGUUAAACUCUGAGUCCAGGGGAAGAGCUCAGGAUCUGGGGACACACAGUCUGGACUUACCUGAGGCCAAACCAUUCUCAGAACAAGUCAAUAGGAAUCAAAAUAAAUAAGCCUCUUUUCACUUUAUGCUUUUCUUACAUACAUCUGCUUCAAUGAUUUACACCUAAACAGCUUAAGAGAAUGGAGAAAGGGAACUGGGACCUUUAAAUGUAAUGUUGAUGAAGCUGUUAUUGAUUGUUCUUGUUGAUCAGCAGACGUUCAGUCACAUCAUGUAUAUUUAUGUCAUCAUUAUUCAUUGGAAUUUAUACUUUAAACCAAUGAAAACCUUGUAUUUAACUAGAAUUAUGAUUGAUAUUAAUCAUGUUUCAGUAUUGGCUUCUUUUUGUGACGAUUGUUUGACCUACAAAGAAUUACCACUGACUUUGCAUAACACCUAUUGCAUGAAAGAGGGAUACAGCCAUGUGAAGAUUUUAAGUUUAGAUUUGUGACUUUAUUCCAGGAUCAUGACUCUUGACUUUGAUUUGUAAAUAUAAGAAUAUAAAAUCAUUUGCUAUUUUAAAGAUACUAGCGAAGAAGACCAUAUACUCAUAAGAAAUAUACCUCUAAUAGCCUACUCAGGAGGACAAUUUUCAUUUAGAUAAGUCAAGUGAGAGUAGUUUUGUUCACCUCUUGUGCUCCUCCCUUGCUCUUCUUCCCAUUAGAAAAGAUGCAGGUUUAAGAUGCUUCAACAUUGGCUUUACUACUUUAUGUCCACUUCUUAUUUUGGUAAUACUUUGGCUGCUAAGGUUGCCAACGAUGGGACAUGUUGCUCUAACUACUUGUAAUUAUACUAAUUUGUUAUUAUAUGUUUUUCUGUUUUUUUUGUUACAUUGAU